AUGCUUCUCAGCCUUGGCCGGCGUGCUGCCUGGCCAUUUCAUCAUGUCCAUCUCAGAGCUUCCGUGAGGAACUUCUCCGCCUCACAAUGCGUCUUUCGGCAGGCCGACGCUCCAUUCCGCCUGGCCGUUGUCGGAUCCGGCCCUGCCGGGUUCUACACGGCGUACCGGGUCAUGUCCAAACUGCCGCAGGCUCGCGUUGACAUGUAUGAGGCUUUGCCAGUCCCGUUCGGUCUUGUUCGUCACGGCGUUGCGCCAGAUCACCCAGAGGUCAAGAACUGUCAAGAGAAAUUUGAUGAAGUUGCUACCUCUCCCAAUUUUACUUUUAUUGGAAACGUAUCCAUUGGCCUCCCUGGACAUCAGUCAGAGCAUUGCACCAUCCCACUCAAGGUACUCACGAGCCAGUACGAUUCCAUUCUGUUUUCGUAUGGAGCAUCUGAAGACAAGAAAUUGCACAUCCCGGGAGAAUCAUCUCUUGGAGAAUCGGCUCUCGCGCAGCUGGCUCAAAGUCGAGUCAAAAGAGUCCACGUUGUCGGUCGGAGAGGCCCGAUGCAGGCGGCGUUCACAAUAAAAGAAGUACGCGAGCUAAUGAAGCUUUCCGGUGUUGCCUUUCAUGGAGUGGACAAUUCGCUGAUACCAGACGCUCUUGAUACCCUCCCAAGAGCUGCCAAAAGACUGAUGGAAGUUCUUCGAAAAGGAACACCAACCAGCCCUUCAAACACUCCUAGGUCGUGGUCUCUCGAUAGCUGUCUAUCACCGAAAGCCUUUGUUGGCAGCAAGUUGAAUCCUUCCCACGUGGGCGGCACUGAGUUUUACAUUACACAGCUGGAAGACGCGUUCAAUCCUCGAUCUUCUGUGGCUCUCACAGAGGAAACAAUAACACUGCCGUCAGAUAUAGCCUUCCGCUCUGUUGGGUAUAAGUCGGUAGCCCUACCUGGAUUUGCUGAGGCUGGUAUUCAUUUCGAUGAGAAGCGAGGGGUUAUCAAGAAUGACGGAUUGGGCCGGGCCAUACAGCUGCCAGCCGAUACUAGCAACUCCGUCGAAGUGCAACCAUCACCAUUGCCCGGUGUAUAUUGCGCCGGUUGGGUUAAGAAUGGCCCCACUGGUGUCAUUGCUUCCACCAUGAGAGACGCAUUCAUAACAGGAGACGCUGUGGUGCAAGACUGGCUCUCAGGAGCUCCUCUCUUAGGAUCCUCUGCAAAUGGCACGGCUGGGGGAUGGGCGGCUGUCAGCGCUGACAUUGGCGCUCUAUCCAACCAAGUAGUUACGUGGGAUCAAUGGCGCCAGAUAGAUCGAGUUGAAAGAGAGCGAGGGUUAGAAAAGGGUAAGGAAAGGGACAAGUUCACCAACGUUGGGGACAUGCUCAAUUCAAUCACAUAA